AUGCAGAUCUUCCAGUGCCCCUACAGCAAGAACGGGAAUGCGGUGGCCAUCGGCGUCGCGGUGAAGCUGAACGACGGGGACGUGGUGAUCGUUGCCAACGACACGGUGACCAACCCAAACGAUGCCGACGUGUCGACGGAGAAGAUCGAGAACCUGAAGAAAGGUGUCAACAUCCUCAGCGACGACAAGUGCGUUCGUCUCAACGUGAACACGAAGCUCAUCCGCAGGGCCCCAGGUCUGUUGCACAACGGAAACCUCCGAAUCAUCAACGAGGCUCUGACCAACGAGGGCAUCUGCGGUGCUCCGUCGUUCGGCGGUUCCUAUGUGUCCCCUGACAGCCCGGACAUGCUCUUCCCCGACGAAGUGUUUGAAGACAUGUGCGGCUACUGCAAGUCUCAGACCGGCGUCUCCGUUCCAGGCUGCGGUGCUCCGGACGAUGGUGAUGACGAGCCAGAGAUCUCGCCGGGUUGCGAGUUCAUGCAGCUGAGGCCCAAGGGCAGAAAGGUCGUGGAUUGUGCUGGCGACCAGGACGCCGUGAUCGAGGAGGCCAAGGCGGACGGUGAGAACUGUGUGGCCUACGUGGGCUUGGGUAAGUCCUUCUCGUGCUCCGAUUUCUGCGCCGAGAAGGGCUCCACUUGCGAGAUGGCCAUUGACCAGCCGAACGGCCAGCAGUGCGUGGCCUCCGUGUCCAGCCUUGAUCAGAUUGACACGAACACGGUGAAUUGCGACUCCAAGCAGUUCCGGGAUCUGCUCUGUGUUUGCAAGAAGCCGGACAACCCAGCCCCAGGGCCCACCCCUGAGGAGGCGUGCGCAGCCACGAUGGAUGGCUUCACUCUGACGGAUGCUGCGAAGCUGUGCCGCGAGAAGGCGGACUGGCUGCAGGGCGUGCCUUACCCGCCCACUGGAGCAUCUGGCGCUGCCGGCGAGAAAGAGGCCUUCUUGCGCGCUUGCAUCCUUGAUGUUUGCUCCGCAGAGCCAGAGGAUCGCGAAGACGUGGCGGAGAAUGCUGGCGACCAGGAUCCCAGUGAUCCUCCGGUGCCGCCAUCAACGACGACCACGACAACCGCUGCCACGACCACCACCACCACGACUCCAGCAGUUGUCGGGGAUGAGUUGUAUGUCUUCGGUUUCACUCCCUACGUCGGCUCCUCAUCGCCUUACAUGCCGGAGGGUGUUGUUGAAGUGGAGUCCCUCCCUGACGGCAACACCCGCCUUUCCUGGAGCCUCACCGGCCUCGACCCGGGCUGCAGCCAGACUUGCAAGAACGACAACUGCUGCGGGGUGGUCAUCUACGAAGGCACGAGCUGCGAGGAGCCUGCCGGUGCUCCUCUGUGGCUAAAUUCUGUGAGGUACAUCACCAGCCCAUCGAACGUGCUGUCCCAGGAAGUGAAAACGGGCCUCGGAAAUGACGACGUGCUUGGCCGCACUGUGGUGAUCCAUGACAAGAAAGGCAGAAAAAUUGCCUGUGGCAUCAUCGAGCCGUCCACCACCACGGUCUUCGAAAAGUACCCCAAAUACGGCGGUGACCUCCCAUUGACAUCCGGUGGUGUCCAGGUUGAGUCGGAUGAUGGAACGCAGAUGCUCAGCUGGCUGUUCACUCAAGGCCUCGACCCCCGGUGCGAUAAGACCACCUGCACGGCGGCCAACUGCUGUGGUGUCCACAUCCACGAGGGCACGACCUGCUCGAAUGCUGCCUCCGUCGGCGGCCAUUACUGGAACACGGACCUCUACCCGGAAGACCCCUGGAUGGGCGUCCGCUAUGUGAUUCAGGGCUCCAUGCCGUCGGCGGUGAACGACCUGAGCGUCACCACGGGCUACAACGCCGAGGACAUCGACGGCCGCGCCGUGGUGGUCCACGACUACGACGGUGUUCGGAUUGGUUGCGCCAUCAUCGAGAUGCCAGAAGAGGAGCCAGAGCCCGUGGACGGUGAUGACUUGUACGUCUUCGACUUGAGCCCUUACGUCGGUUCCUCGUCGCCUUACCAGCCACAGGGAGUCAUCGAGGUGAAGUCCACGGACGACAGCACGACGGUGCUGUCCUGGAGUUUGACUGGCCUCGACCCCGGUUGCAGCGGCACGUGCACCGAAACUAAUUGCUGCGGCAUCCACAUUCAUGAAGGCUCGGAGCUGUUCUUUGUAGGCACAUGUCUAUGCUGGGGUCUUACCCUCACCAAGUUCCCAGGCAUGAGCUGUGCCGAAACUGCGGGUGCACACUUCUGGGAUGGUGACGGAGAGGACCCUUGGCUGUCCAUCAAGUACGACUCCAGCACGGACCCUGCAAACGUCCUCUUCGUGGAGGUCGACACGGGACUCGGCCGCAGCGAUCUCCUCGGCCGUGCAGUGGUGAUCCACGACAAGACAGGCGCUCGCAUCGCCUGCGGCAUCAUCGAGGAGUCCACGACGACCGUCUUCGAGGAGUACCCGAACUACGGGGGUGACUUGCCUUUGACAUCCGGUGGUGUGAAGGUGGAGUCGGAUGACGAGACGCAGACGCUUAGUUGGCUCUUCACAGAAGGUCUCGACCCCCGGUGCGAUAAGACCACGUGCUCUGCGGCCAACUGCUGUGGUGUCCACAUCCACGAAGGCAUGACCUGCUCCGAUGCUGAUGCUAUUGGUGGCCACUUCUGGAACAAGGACCUCUACACGGAGGAUCCCUGGAUGAACAUCCGCUAUGUGAUCGAGGGUUCCAUGCCGUCGAAGGUGAACGACCUGAGCGUCACAACAGGCUUCCCUGCCGAGAAGAUCAACGGCCGCGCCGUGGUGGUCCACGACUACGACGGUGUUCGGAUUGGUUGUGCCACCAUCAAGAUCUGCGUGGACAGCACGAGCACUGUGCAGGGAGCCAUUGAGAAGCUGGAGGAUGCUGUGGAUCAGAUCAAGGAUGCUUUGUCUGACUUGAGCGCAAUGGUGAACAGCAGCAGUGGCAAAGGGGGCCAUUCCGGCUACCACUCCUAUGGCGCUUAUGGCACGGACCACGCGGACGAUGGAAAGUACAAGUGCAGCCACAUCUGCGGCGACAUCUGCGGGACCCAGCAUCCGCAGCCAGCUCACUGCCAGUCUCAGUGCAAGCAGAGGCAGAACGCCAUCCUCGACAUCGUCCAGGUCUACUGCAUCCAAGGUUUGUGCCCAAGUCUCCUUGAGACGAACGAGGAAGUCGGCCUGUUGCAGAGGAGAACAGAGCGAGAAGAGCAAGGACUGGAGGCAGAGGUGGGAGGGCGUUGCCGCGAGAUCCCCAAGUACUGCCAGCUCUUCUGCAAGCGCGGCUUCUUGCUCCCAGUUGGCGAUGGGUACGACGAAAUCAGGAAGUGCAGGGAGGAAUGCGAGACGAAUUUUUCGGCCUUCCAGGUGCCUUUGCAGAAGUACGUGGAGGCCAGCAACGUGUAUGUUUUGAAUCAAUUUUGUGAGACCCCGUCGGGGCCAGCUGCUGAAGCACUGGCUUCAUUGCGUACGGAGUUCAUCGUCUCCGCCCUCCGCUUUGAAUGGGCAGAGAGCUGGAAUUGGAUCUUUCACGAGACGUUUGCGCCAAAACUUGUGCUUGUGGCGUGCUUGGCCUCUUUGGCCUUGCCGGCAGCGCACGCCAGCCAAGGCACAUGCCAGUGCGAUGGCAUCGCCGACUGGGACGACCCCAGCUUUGGCAGGUGCGAUUGGUGGGGCGAUGUCCACAUCACCAAGAGUUGGAAUUCCCCCGCCGUCUUUGACUUCCAGUCUCUUGGCGUCUACUCCUAUGCUUCGACCACAAAGUGCGGAGGGGACUUCGAAAUGCAGAUCUUCCAGUGCCCCUACAGCAAGAACGGGAAUGCGGUGGCCAUCGGCGUCGCGGUGAAGCUGAACGACGGGGACGUGGUGAUCGUUGCCAACGACACGGUGACCAACCCAAACGAUGCCGACGUUUCGACAGAGAAGAUCGAGAACCUGAAGAAAGGUGUCAACAUCCUCAGCGACGACAAGUGCAUUCGUCUCAACGUGAACACGAAGCUCAUCCGCAGGGCCCCAGGUCUGUUGCACAACGGAAACCUCCGAAUCAUCAACGAGGCUCUGACCAACGAGGGCAUCUGCGGUGCUCCGUCGUUCGGCGGUUCCUAUGUGUCCCCUGACAGCCCGGACAUGCUCUUCCCCGACGAAGUGUUUGAAGACAUGUGCGGCUACUGCAAGUCUCAGACCGGCGUCUCCGUUCCAGGCUGCGGUGCUCCGGACGAUGGUGAUGACGAGCCAGAGAUCUCGCCGGGUUGCGAGUUCAUGCAGCUGAGGCCCAAGGGCAGAAAGGUCGUGGAUUGUGCUGGCGACCAGGACGCCGUGAUCGAGGAGGCCAAGGCGGACGGUGAGAACUGUGUGGCCUACGUGGGCUUGGGUAAGUCCUUCUCGUGCUCCGAUUUCUGCGCCGAGAAGGGCUCCACUUGCGAGAUGGCCAUUGACCAGCCGAACGGCCAGCAGUGCGUGGCCUCCGUGUCCAGCCUUGAUCAGAUUGACACGAACACGGUGAAUUGCGACUCCAAGCAGUUCCGGGAUCUGCUCUGUGUUUGCAAGAAGCCGGACAACCCAGCCCCAGGGCCCACCCCUGAGGAGGCGUGCGCAGCCACGAUGGAUGGCUUCACUUUGACGGAUGCUGCGAAGCUGUGCCGCGAGAAGGCGGACUGGCUGCAGGGCGUGCCUUACCCGCCCACUGGAGCAUCUGGCGCUGCCGGCGAGAAAGAGGCCUUCUUGCGCGCUUGCAUCCUGGAUGUUUGCUCCGCAGAGCCAGAGGAUCGCGAAGACGUGGCGGAGAAUGCUGGCGACCAGGAUCCCAGUGAUCCUCCGGGCGUUGUCGAAGUGGAGUCCCUCCCCGACGGCAACACCCGCCUUUCCUGGAGCCUCACCGGCCUCGACCCGGGCUGCAGCCAGACUUGCAAGAACGACAACUGCUGCGGGGUGGUCAUCUACGAAGGCACGAGCUGCGAGGAGCCUGCCGGUGCUCCUCUGUGGCUAAAUUCUGUGAGGUACAUCACCAGCCCAUCGAACGUGCUGUCCCAGGAAGUGAAAACGGGCCUCGGAAAUGACGACGUGCUUGGCCGCACUGUGGUGAUCCAUGACAAGAAAGGCAGAAAAAUUGCCUGUGGCAUCAUCGAGCCGUCCACCACCACGGUCUUCGAAAAGUACCCCAAAUACGGUGGUGACCUCCCGUUGACAUCCGGUGGUGUCCAGGUUGAGUCGGAUGAUGGAACGCAGAUGCUCAGCUGGCUGUUCACUCAAGGCCUCGACCCCCGGUGCGAUAAGACCACCUGCACGGCGGCCAACUGCUGUGGUGUCCACAUCCACGAGGGCACGACCUGCUCGAAUGCUGCCUCCGUCGGCGGCCAUUACUGGAACACGGACCUCUACCCGGAAGACCCCUGGAUGGGCGUCCGCUAUGUGAUUCAGGGCUCCAUGCCGUCGGCGGUGAACGACCUGAGCGUCACCACGGGCUACAAUGCCGAGGACAUCGACGGCCGGGCCGUGGUGGUCCACGACUACGACGGUGUUCGGAUUGGUUGCGCAAUCAUCGAGAUGCCAGAAGAGGAGCCAGAGCCCGUGGACGGUGAUGACUUGUACGUCUUCGACUUGAGCCCUUACGUCGGUUCCUCGUCGCCUUACCAGCCGCAGGGAGUCAUCGAGGUGAAGUCCACGGACGACAGCACGACAGUGCUCUCCUGGAGUUUGACUGGCCUCGACCCCGGCUGCAGCGGCACGUGCACCGAAACUAAUUGCUGCGGCAUCCACAUUCAUGAAGGCUCGGAGCUGUUCUUUGUCAGCACAUGCAUGAGCUGUGCCGAAACUGCGGGUGCACACUUCUGGGAUGGUGACGGAGAGGACCCUUGGCUGUCCGUCAAGUACGACUCCAGCACGGACCCUGCAAACGUCCUCUUCGUGGAGGUCGACACGGGACUCGGCCGCAGCGAUCUCCUCGGCCGUGCAGUGGUGAUCCACGACAAGACAGGCGCUCGCAUCGCCUGCGGCAUCAUCGAGGAGUCCACGACGACCGUCUUCGAGGAGUACCCGAACUACGGGGGUGACUUGCCUUUGACAUCCGGUGGUGUGAAGGUGGAGUCGGAUGACGAGAAGCAGACGCUUAGUUGGCUCUUCACAGAAGGCCUCGACCCCCGGUGCGAUAAGACCACAUGCUCUGCGGCCAACUGCUGUGGUGUCCACAUCCACGAAGGCAUGACCUGCUCCGAUGCUGAUGCUAUUGGUGGCCACUUCUGGAACAAGGACCUCUACACGGAGGAUCCCUGGAUGGACAUCCGCUAUGUGAUCGAGGGUUCCAUGCCGUCGAAGGUGAACGACCUGAGCGUCACAACAGGCUUCCCUGCCGAAAAGAUCAACGGCCGCGCCGUGGUGGUCCACGACUACGACGGUGUUCGGAUUGGUUGUGCCACCAUCAAGAUCUGCGUGGACAGCACGAGCACUGUGCAGGGAGCCAUUGAGAAGCUGGAGGAUGCCGUGGAUCAGAUCAAGGAUGCUUUGUCUGACUUGAGCGCAAUGGUGAACAGCAGCAGUGGCAAAGGGGGCCAUUCCGGCUACCACUCCUAUGGCGCUUAUGGCACGGACCACGCGGACGAUGGAAAGUACAAGUGCAGCCACAUCUGCGGCGACAUCUGCGGGACCCAGCAUCCGCAGCCAGCUCACUGCCAGUCUCAGUGCAAGCAGAGGCAGAACGCCAUCCUCGACAUCGUCCAGGUCUACUGCAUCCAAGGUCUGUGCCCAAGUCUCAUUGAGACGAACGAGGAAGUCGGCCUGUUGCAGAGGCGAACAGAGCGAGAAGAGCAAGGACUGGAGGCAGAGGUGGGAGGGCGUUGCCGCGAGAUCCCCAAAUACUGCCAGCUCUUCUGCAAGCGCGGCUUCUUGCUCCCAGUUGGCGAUGGGUACGACGAAAUCAAGAAGUGCAGGGAGGAAUGCGAGACGAAUUUUUCGGCCUUCCAGGUGCCUCUACAGAAGUACGUGGAGGCAGGCUGCUGCGCUGCAUGA